UCCUGUCAUCGGCCUGGGUGUGGUUUUGCAGUCAGGGGUACCGUUAGCAGGAAAUCCAGCUCCAGUCCAUUUCACUUUAAGACGAAACAAAGAAAAAAAUAUUUUCACCUUCGUACGGUUGAAAAUAGCUCUUCGUACUUAGGCUAAAAGUAGCUUUUGUUUCCUCGAGACGGGAAGGCGUUGGUUUGGCGCCGUUGUUCUGAUGGGAAAAAGUUUUCUCUUGGUUUCGCUAACUGGUCGUCUGAUUUAAUUUUUUUUUUUUUUUUAAAUAAAACCUAAACCGGACGUUAAAGAAAGGAAAGAUGCCGAAAACGAUUAGUGUAAGAGUCACCACAAUGGAUGCUGAACUGGAGUUCGCCAUUCAGCCCAAUACAACGGGAAAGCAGCUCUUUGACCAGGUCGUUAAGACCAUUGGGCUGCGGGAGGUUUGGUACUUUGGACUCCAGUACCAGGAUACAAAGGGUUUCUCUACAUGGCUCAAGCUCAAUAAGAAGGUGACAGCCCAGGAUGUGAGGAAGGAAAGCCCGCUGCUGUUUAAGUUCCGUGCAAAAUUCUUCCCCGAAGACGUGUCGGAGGAGUUAAUCCAGGAUGCCACACAGCGGCUGUUCUUCCUGCAGGUGAAGGAGGGAAUCUUAAAUGACGACAUUUACUGCCCUCCGGAGACAGCAGUCCUCCUGGCCUCCUAUGCAGUGCAGGCCAAGUAUGCUGACUACAAUAAGGAGGUCCACACACCAGGCUAUCUGUCCAGUGAACAGCUGCUCCCUCAGAGAGUUCUGGACCAGCACAAACUCAACAAGGACCAGUGGGAGGAGAGGAUUCAAGUGUGGCACGAAGAGCACAAGGGUAUGAUGAGAGAGGAAUCCAUGAUGGAGUAUCUGAAGAUCGCUCAAGACCUUGAGAUGUAUGGAGUCAACUACUUCAAUAUCAAGAAUAAGAAAGGAACAGAACUGUGGUUGGGAGUGGAUGCAUUGGGACUCAACAUUUAUGAACAGAAUGACAAAAUGACACCCAAAAUUGGAUUUCCUUGGAGUGAAAUAAGAAACAUUUCCUUCAAUGACAAGAAGUUUGUCAUUAAACCAAUUGACAAGAAAGCACCUGACUUUGUAUUCUAUGCUCCGAGACUACGCAUCAACAAGCGCAUUCUGGCUCUGUGCAUGGGCAACCACGAGCUGUAUAUGCGCCGCCGCAAACCUGACACCAUUGAAGUGCAGCAGAUGAAGGCUCAGGCUCGGGAGGAGAAGAAUCACAAGAAGAUGGAAAGAGCUCUGCUUGAGAAUGAAAAGAGGAAAAGAGAAGUUGCAGAAAAGGAAAAGGAAAAGAUUGAAAAGGAAAAGGAGGAGUUAAUGGAGAGAUUAAAGCAGAUUGAGGAGCAGACUAAAAAAGCCCAACAAGAGCUGGAGGAGCAAACACAAAGGGCUCUGGAGCUGGAACAGGAGAGGAAGCGAACGCAGGAGGAGGCUGAACGCCUGGAGAUUGAUCUGAGGACUGCUGAGGAUGCUAAAAUGGCCCUGCUGCAGCAGUCAGAGAACCAGAUGAAGAACCAAGAACACCUGGCCACAGAGUUGGCUGACCUGACUUCAAAGAUUUCCCUCCUGGAGGAUGCCAAGAAGAAGAAGGAAGAUGAGGCAGUACAGUGGCAACAGAAGGCUACCAUGGUGCAGGAGGACCUAGAGAAGACCAAAGAAGAGCUUAAAAACAAAGUGAUGGCGGCUCAUGUUCAGGAGCCCCUAAACGCAGAGAACGAGCACGACGAGAAUGACGAGAGCAGCGCUGAGGCCAGCGCUGAGUUCACAAGUGCCGCCACAUACAAGGACCGCAGUGAAGAGGAGCGCAUGACCGAGGCUGAGAAGAAUGAACGUUUGCAGAAACAUCUACUUGCUUUGAGCUCAGAAUUGGCCAACGCUCGGGAUGAGAGCAAGAAAACGGUGAAUGACAUCAUCCAUGCAGAGAACAUGCGAGCCGGACGAGACAAGUACAAGACCCUCAGACAGAUCCGGUCAGGAAACACCAAACAGCGCAUUGAUGAGUUCGAAUGCAUGUGAUGUAUGCAUUCACCAAAAGCCCAUACAGCUGGGCCUUUCUGCCUGGACUGCAGUCCUGCCUCACUCAAGCUGUUUUCUCUGUACGCAAAUAAAUCAGGUCCACAACAUGACAUGGCUGCACAAGCACAGCACAAUUUACAGAUACGGAUCUGGAAUAUUCCAUUUAUUAUCGUUCCUAACUUUGAAUUUAGGCAAGUCACUGGUUGAAAAGGGACAUACUGUAUUUUAUUAGUACAUUCUUCACAAGGGGUUUAUGUAGCAUUUUAGUAAUGGGCUCACGCCACCUAUCAUGAUACAUUGAGUUAGCAUUUUCAAUUUCUUUAUAUUUAUCUGUCACAUUUUUGUGUCAUGAUUUAAAACUAGACCAAUCCAAAUUUCAGUUUGAAAACUGUGCCUAUAAAUAUAUUUCUGAUGUAAACAUGCAACGGUUCGUCACAGCAAGCUGGGUUUUUCAGAUAGUAAUAUCACUCCCAUGAUGCAUUGCCCACAGUUUUAAAACCAAAUGCACUGUAAUCUAUAUAAUCAAAUGCAUAUAAUAUGGCUCUGAAAUGUCUGGGUUGAGCAUUCAUAGAGCAGUAUUAUUUUUUGCAAAUUUACAAUUUACUUUCUUUUCAUUUGACUGUAUUCAAAAUCUGCCAGCUGUUAAAAAUAUUACAGUAUUUAUACCCCACUCACAAUGUGAUAUUAAAGAUCAAUUUUGUUUUGACUUUUUUUUUUGUCUGUUUUUACAUUUCUGUACACGUUCAAGUCAGUUUUCAGCUACAAGGCUUCAAUGUAAAUUUUACUGUUAGUGCUAAAAUAAAUAGAUUCCUUUUUUCCUUUAAUACCUGCAUGGAAAAACCCUGAAUUGUAGACAAAAUGAACUUAAAAUGACAUUAAAAAAAAAAAAA